AUGGCUGCGGCAAUGGUGAUCACGCUCGCAAUGACGUACAUCCAGCAGACGUGCGGUCUGCCGGGUGACAUCUGGGCGACGUGGGCGCCGGAUCGCGUAGAUGGCGACGAACCGAGCUCUCGCGUUGCCUUCUCGCCCCUGGUCUUUCUGUCCGGGCUGGUAUGGACAUUCAUCGGGCAGCUCCUCGAGCGGCACUUCCAGCGCCUCUGCGGCGCGAUGGGCGCCUGCGAGCGCAUCCACCGCACGCCCAUCCCCACCGCCUUCACGCGGCACUGUUCGCGCUUCCUGAUGGUCUGGUGCAACGCGAUGCCGUUUGUGCUCUGGCCAAUCGUCGGCACUGCGACGCCGCUGGCGGCGACGUUCGUGGCAUGGGCCAUGCUUGGCACCGAGGACAUUGGCGUGCAGGUGGAGGAGCCGUUUGACGUGCUGCCGCUCUUCCAGUACUGCCAGGGCAUCGCCGCGACGUGCGACGGGAUGGUGAAGGAUGCGCACAACGACCACAUCACUCUCUCCAAGGAUCUCGAGGUCGAGCGCACCGGCCCGCAGAUCCUCGUCGAGGACAUGGGGGCGCUGGAGGCGAGCUUCAACAUGCGGAAUGCGGCGCAGAAGCUUUGA